ACCUAGUGUAACAAUCAUUCAUUACAGCCGUCGCAGUUUUCAUAUAUUCCAGUAACCGAAUAAUAAUGAGACUUUUUACUUUCUAUAGCUUUCUUAGCCUCGUAGUACUUGUGCAGAUAGCACAAGGUACCGAAAAUUCGGAAGAGAAACCUGUGCAAGAGCCAGAAGUAUCCACGGAGGCCCCUACAUCAAACGACGCAAUGCAAGUCGAGUCCGAGGCAGCUACGACAACGGAGAACACUGAAGGAGAAGAGAAAAAAUACGCACUGGGAUCGCUGUGUAAUUACUGCACUUAUUGCAAGGUAUAAACCAACCAAAUAGAAGACUUUCAUUUUUAUAGCUAUCGCUGAAAUGUUCUGUUUGAUCGACACUUCGAUUCGCAAGACUGUGUACAUGCAUGCUCACGCGACAGGCAGAUCAAAUUUCCGCUUUCAGUUAACGGGUUUAUUUUUAAUUUUUAAAAAGUUCAUUUGUUUUUAUUGGCACUCAAGACUUCAAUGGCCAAUUUUUACCCUUUUACCCAAGGAUCUUUGCUGUUUUAUGAUGUUUUGGUUGGCUUCCCCCCAUUUUUUUGGAUAGUUGUGCUUGCGUGAAAAACUAAUGGAAUUUUUGAGGAAAAGAUCUUUAUAGGCUUAAAGCGCCAUGAGUGGAUCAAGGUCACUGUUUCUUACCGCCUCAUUUCUGGAGACUAAAACACUCCUGGAAUUGAGAGUAUAAUUUGCUAAUCUGGGCGGAAAAAAGUAUCAUCAUCAGAACCUCAGACAGACAAACCGGAAAUGCUGUCAGUGCGUGCAUAAUGUCCAUGAUCUUUUAUUGCAGGGUUUAAAACCUCUUCAAACAAGACCGCCAAAUGGGGGGUUCAUUGGGCUGCCACUGCAUGAUGCAGAGGUUUAAUAUUUUUGGAAGUAUAGAUUAUAAUCAGACUUUUUUCCGGCUUGAGGGUAUAGUUUUCUUAGUAUUCACCAAAUCAGUCUCUAUUCACCCCUCCCCUUCGGGGGAUAGUUGGAUAUUAUCCUCAAAACCACCCACAAUACCUUUCGGGAUUGUUGUGUGCCUGUUUUUCGCCAACCCUUCUCAAAAUAGCUAUAUACUGUCAGUUGAAGUUGUUGUCCUUUUGCUGCACAGACAAGGGUCUCCAUUUUUAUCUGGCCUUACCACCAUGCAGCCCAAUAAUAACGUUGCAGCAUGUUCUCAAAUUAGCACCCAGGCUUUUAUUUAAUUUUUCAGCUGAUAGGAGGGCAUUUAUUGGAAAGAGGGUACUUAAUCUUGGGGGAGCUUAUUGAGUUUUCCAUUCAACGGACUGUAAUUUUGUUUUAGCUAAAUUAAUCUUUUUAAAAACAUGAAAAAAAUUAAAAUGCACACAAAAACUACAACAUACAGGGAAACCUAAAGUUGAUAGUUGAAUGUCUUUCAUUCAUUAAAUGGUACUGGUUGUCAAGCAUACCAAAGUCCCUUUAUAUAGACUAUGUUAAACUAAUUUAUCAGUAUACAUGUUUAUAAGUUAUUGGUUGUGUCAUCAUCCUCAUUUUCAUCCUAAUCAAUGGUUAUUUAUGUACAUGAUUGCAUCCCUCUUGUAUCCCUACUAUUUACAGGGCUUCUGAUAUUUCACACGGUUGCAGAGCCGCAAAAUUCAGGUAAAUCCGCGAAAUCCCGUGAAAUUCACAAAAACACGCAAAAUACCGCGAAAUUCGGUAGAAAUCUUAUCAAAUACAUGGCUGUAAAGCAAUUUUGAAACUUGUCUCAGCUACUGGGGGUAUUUACUUGCCGUAAACUCGCAAAUUUAUGUCAAAACUUUGUCACUGAAACGUGCAAACAACGUUCCGAAACUACCAGGCGUAGAUUUUGUUGCGAAAAACUGGGCACUAGCCAUGAUGUUAAAGGCUUUGCCAUUGGCUCAUUUCUGGAGCGUGUUGUUGUUGAAAGAGCAAAUGAUGACCUUUGUUAGAAAAACAUUAAAACGCUGGUCUGAUCAGCGCAAAACCGAUCAAUUUCUAGCGAAAUUUGCCCUGAAAAUAACCACAAAAGCCGCCGUUUUUUUACCGAUUUUUUUCCGGCCAAGUUUGCCCCAAAAGUUCCCACGAAAUUCCCGUGAAAUCAGUUGAUUUUUCCGCGAUUUUGUCCCUAAAAAUCCUGCGAAAUUUGACUUUUUUUCCGCGACCAAUCAGAAGCCCUGUAUUUAAGAAAGUAAUGGGGAGCAUAGGUGGGGAGGGGUGAUUGUUUGAUAUUAUGGCCUAAGGGACGUGGGUGCUUCAUAUUUGGGGAAGGGUACUUAUUAGAGGGUGGAGGCAGCCCUAUUCAAGCAAAUGCUGUAUGCACAUUUUCAGCCUUAAACUGAGAACCCUGGUAAUUAUUGUUGUUUUAUGGUCUGUCCAGGCAUUGUGUCCAGCUGCAAAGAGGCUUUUUGUUUUAGACAUAUUGGGCAAAUGUUAUUCUGGCAUUGCCUGAUGACUGACUGUUAUUAUACAGCUAGACUGCAAACAAGUCUGUGAGCAGAUUUCUGUCUUUUAUGCCAAGUUAUUUCUUCUCACAACUUGUUGAUUGUAGACUGAUCUCACUUCUAGCGUUCCACUCAUGGUCAUAAAGCCAAAAAUGUCUAGCGGUAAUAUAAAAUAUAGAAUAUUUUAGUUUUUAAUCAUUCCAUUAACUAAAAAACAAGAGAAUAGCAAUACACAUUUAGAUUUUACAUCCUGAGAUCAUGUUGAUCUGUCUUUUAGUUUUGUGAAUUGUGUGACAAGGAUUGCCCAUGUGAAACCAGUAAGAAGAAGCCAAAUUGUCAUUUGUGCAAGGUAAGUUUGAUUUUUGUCCUUUAAACUACUAAGAUGUUGAAAAUGAAGUAAAAUUUACUACUUAUUGAAUAUGCUUGCAAAUCAAUGUGAAGAAAAAACUCACAAAUGAAGAGUCACUGAAAUUAAAAUUAUUGAGAAUUAAUCAUAUCAGCCUGGCACGUCAGUUUUCUGUUACUUUGGUUGUGAGCGGACAACAUCAUCUUGACUCAAGCAAAUAAUUUUUGGCCUCAGAUUUCUGCUGACUUUGAAACUUGCCCAAAUACAUGUACUAUAGUUCUAAUGAGCUUUAAAACUGUUUGUCAAUAGAGAAAUACUAAGUUCCAGACUGUUAGUCUUUGCCAGCUUGGUCAAGACAGCACUUUGAAUUUAUAGACAUACUGGUAGACAUAGACAUAGACACUUUAUUUUUUUUGGUAAAUAUGUUUAGCCAUACGGCUAGUUUACAGAUAUUCCACAUGUAGCAGAAAAAUUCAUUAAAAUACAAAAUUUUAAAAAUUUGAAUUGCUAAGAUUAUGACUUAGCUAUGACUUAUUAUGACUUUUUUUUUGUUGUCUUGUUGCCAUUUCGUUUCUCAGCCAUUGAGAAAUCAAGCUUCACCUAUUAUAAUAAUUACCACUUCAGUGAUUCUCACGAGAAAGAACUCUUGUCUCUAAAGAUUACUCACUGUCUUGUCUCGCAAGGAACGAGACAAGACUUGUAACUUUACUUUACUGUACAUAAAUUAUGUACGAUUCACUCAGCUGUUAUCCACACAAUCAGAAUCACAAAUCAUUUUCAAGAGAUUAAGUGAUCCACAUGUUGCUGAGACAAACCUAUAUGGGAUACAAGUAGUUUGAUUAUAACCCAAGGUAUUUUUCUCAUUUUAUGUUGCAGUACUGUAAAUAUUGCAACCUGUGCAGUUUGUGUGAUGUAGUCUGCGUUCCAGGUUAGUUGCCACUAAUAACUGUUAACAUGGUACUGGCAGAGUGUAGAUUUCAGGCUUUCUGAUUCCCUCUGAAAUAUAUAUGAAAUCAAAAUGGAAAUUGGACACAAUAAGCUACAGCUGUGCAUGUAAAACUACAUGUAGAGUGUAGAGGCAAGGUAUAGACGAAUCUUUGCUGACGUCAUUGUUUCAUUUUUCCUCAUUAACAUACCGACUUAACUCAAAGAAGCCAUGGCCGUAUGUUUGAGCUGAUUAACUUAAACAACUCGUGCAAUUUUCAGUUCAUUAAAAGCAAUAUUGAAAGAAAUAUCGGCCAUCUAAAACUGCCAAAUUGCUGGGUGGCAAAAAAGUUAAUGAGCCAUACAUUCUUUGUAGAAUUUCGAGUUUCUAAAAGAGAAUUUCUCCGAAACCAUUUGGUAUAUCGGGCUCAAAUUUUCAGAGACAACUGAAAUUGUUAUGCUCUUUCAGUAUUCAGGGGUUUUAUUUUAUUAGCUUCGUCAGAUAAUGAUGAGCAUAUGCUAACAACUGCAUCGCUAAAAUGGAGGUUGGGUGCCUGGAGUAUCCAGGGGCUUCCACUAUUGGCAGCCAGUCCCUAGAUUGAAAUAGUGCCCCAAUGACUGGCACAACAGCGCAACCCAGCCAUGAGCCAACACACAAAAGGAAAGGAACAGGCACCCGCCACACUGAAAAACAUCAGUGGAGAAAAACCAACAAAGCCUAGGGGGAAGGGGGAGGGGAAGAAAAUGGCUGACAGAAUGUUAAUGAGGCAAAAAAUCUAAACAAAGAUUCACCUAAAGAGAAAGCAUGAGUCAUGGUUUCACAUUUUGGAUCUCAGACCUGGAGAGAGGGAUUGAUACUUCUCCAAAAAUCAAGUCAUGUGGAAUUGAAGUGAGAUGCCUAAAAACUGCUCUUAGGUUAUGUUAAUUCACACUAUACCAAAAUAAAAAUAGCUUUUCAUGCCAACACAAAAAGCUAUCCAGUAAACGUGUAUAUGAUUGUAGUAUGAAUACCUAAUCCACUAUGUGGGUAAAAUCAGUCAACAGUUGUCUGACUGUCAGUGGACAGGUUUUGGGGGGCGUUUCGUCACUUUUUAUGAUUAUACAUGUAUGACUCUCCACUUAAAAGGUUGGUGCAUAACAGCUUCGCUCCGGUCCAUUUGAUUACAGAAAUUGUACAGCAAUCACCAUUCUUAUCUGUGAACGGGAGCCCUAAAUCCAAAAUGGUUUUCAUGCCGCCGCAAAACAUUUCCAGUAUAGUGUGAAGAUAGCCUUAGAUGCUACUUUCAAGCAGCUUACAACCAUCUUUUAUAUAUUGACGCAAAAUUAAAACACCCAGUCAUUUUCUUUCCAAAAAGCUCACACAGCCAUCUUAUCAGUAUAACCACAUGUUUUUGGCCAAACAAAGGUUUUUUCAACAGGGUUACAUUGUUUUUAGUUAUAACUUUGGAAGUAACUUUUCUCUUUUCCUUGCAGGUGGAGUUGUUGAUGUUGUGAGCUCAGCCAUUUACAAGUAAGUUUGGUUUACAAUGGGAGAGUUUAAGCUUGCAUGUAAAAAAUAGAUCCAAGGAAUGCAUUGAUAAAUUAUGUGGCUGCUUUUCCCAUUAUUGUAUCACAGUUGAACCCGCACCAAUGUUCCCUCACUAAAAUGGUCUCCUUUCUACUACGUACACCUUUUUUAUCCCAGCUAGCAGACGGUACUGCUAUUAUGUAACUCAUUUUCAUAGGCUAGCUGUACACAACAAUGUUAAUCAUAAACAAAGGCCAGGUGUAAAUUGAGAAGGAGCAAAAUUAUUCUCUGAAACCGACCAAGUUAAGAAAAGAUCUCAAGGUCCGCUGAUGCAGUAAAACGCAAUCUAAGUUAGGUUAAAAUACUUUAAGUUCUACGAGAUCCAGAGAUGUUAGAACUAGCUUUCACCCUUGUUUUAACCUCAGUCUAAACUAGUACACUUUUCCACUGUAAGGCCCUGUCUGUCAGGGUGCAAUUCUGACAGGCGACACGGCCUUGAAACAGCAACAUACCAUAAAUCCUCUUUCAAGCCCUCCUGUGUAAUAAGCCCCCCCCUUUUAGGGGAAGAAAGGUAGUAACCCCACCUCUCUUUUAACGAACAUUUUGGUAGUUUUCCCGAAAAUUCGUUAAAUGGAGGUGUUCGAUGUAACGAACCCUCGAUUUAACGAACAGAUUUCCCCAGUCCCGUGGCUCUUCGUUAAAUUGAGGUUCCACUGUAGCUGGAAAUGUUUGACGGCCCUUAUUUAAUAAACAGCGGUCGCUGUAUUGUGAUAAUAAUCAUCAUGGAAUACCAGUAACUCAGGAUCUGUCUCAAUUUUAUAAAGCCUCUUUAACAACAUGUGUCAUGUGUGCAAACAUGAGGAAACCAUGAUUGUUUUUUCUCAUUGUUUUACUUUUGGUUUGCUGUUCAAAGUGGUUUUUAUAUUUAAGGCUAUUUUCCUUACAUGUAGUGUAAUUCAUAAUAAUGUUUUCGCCUUUCAGAGAAGUGCCGGGCACAAGAUGAUUCGCGUAUUUUCUCUUUUAUUUUUUUUGCAGCUCUCUUCCAUCCUUUGACAAGGAUACCAAGGAAAAGGUUGACAAGGACAUUGAGUCAGCUCGAAAGUGGAUCAAAGAAUACCUUUGACACUUGCAGCCAGCAAGAAAUACUUUUUAUGUGACAAAACUUACAUCUCAGUUUAGAAUGAAAUAAUUCUCUUUGUAUCUUGA